UCUCGCGCAGCGCGCUAGUCGCCUCGACCGCGAACACCCGCGCACACGUUGCGUCUCCGCGCGCACACCGGCUCAAUGCAACACGUUUGUCGAUAACGCGCUCUAUUUGAACGUAACAAUCAGUCUAACUGCACAAUCGAACCCAUUCACACUUACUACGGGUCAUUAUCGAAUUACGAUUUACGUCGCUCCAAAUUUUACAAUUGCUUCGUUGGAGCGAUAGUUCUGAAACCGGCUUCGUGACCAUAUGAUCCGUAUGAGUGGAACUGUUCAGCCUGAUUUCCGAUAUCAGUGAGCAGCAGUCACGAUGUGGAUUGUAAGCUGAAGUGCUCUUUGGAUUUUGUUUUGUGUAGACGCUGAAGGAAUGUGACAUAGUGACAGAAGACUAUUAUUUUAAGUGUCUGUGAUUAUUUUGUGACAUGAUUGUGUUGGAGAUGUGAAUGUUGACGUUGAAUUGAAUGUUUUUGUGUUGUUAUUGAUUAAGUGCAAUGGCUGGUGCUAGUGAGGAGGGUGGUGGCGUGGAGGAGGCCACACCUGUGUCUACAGGGGAAGGUCGCACCAAGCGUGGACUGAGUGGCUCCAUGUCUUUGCGUACGCGCAAGCUCGGCCGCCGCCUCUCGCGGUCCAUGUCUAUCGUAGCUCUGAAGCUACCAGAGAAGGCGCAGAGCAUCACACGCUCGUCGUCGAAGCUCAUGCGAUCUGGUAACCGCGACAAGAAGAACAGAUCGUUUGAGCUCUCUAUCAUAUUACCAGACAAAACACAGAAACAGGUGACAGUGGCGGGAAACAACACGGUGGCGGAGAUCGUUUGCGAGCCGCUGAACGACAUCGGAGCUGUUUUAGUGGGAUCGCCGAGCAGGCCUCUGUCGGCCCCGCAGUCUCUGCCGCUCGGUGGCACCGUCCCCUUGCCGGACUCUCCACCAGUGGCGCCGCCAGUAGCCCUACUCUUCCUUGGAGGCUCCAAAGCUCCAGUGGAACCAAGAGCAUCCGCAACCGUUCUAGAAGGAGAGGUUCUGAUCGUGGAAUAUCAGCCACCUCAGUGGGACGGCCGCGAUUUGGAAGCCUUCAUUGCCUGGGAAAAGAUUUACGCUUCAACUCUGUUUUCGGCGGUCGAGUUGUACGGGAAGCCGCUGCUGCGCGCUGCGGUCAUCACCAAAGAAGAGUAUCAUCUUCUAUUCUACUACCUGGAGUCUGUAUCGGAAGCCAGCGAAGCUCUCACGGAACGAAUGAGGAAAUACAUUGAUUCUGGCUUGCUGAUAAAUGAUUGCAAUAACGAUGACGAUGACUCAAAUUUACUAGAAAAGUCUUCUAUCAUAGAAGAACCAAAAAGUAUAUUAACUGAACUCGUUCAAGAAGGUGUGCUAACUCAACAUGAUGUCGAUACAUCAUCAGUUAUAACGAACUCGGAAUUCAACGACUCGACUACAACAGACAAUCGAAAAAUUGACGAUGAUAAUCGAUCUAGCGUUUCAUCUGCCAGUCUUCGCAAAGUGAUCGUCGACAUUCCAAUAGAUUGCGAUGAAUCAGUGGCGGAUAGUUCAAUUAUAGAUACUACUGAUAAUGUUACGACAGUCACUAUUAGAACGAGUGGUCAAUGCUGCGAUGAUCACAGGAUAUCGGCUGACGCUACCGAAAACGUUUGGGCUAAUGUGAGAUGGGACUUCCUCAAUCCUUCAGAUUUUGGCUAUGAUCAAAUUCCUAGCGUUAAAAGAAGUCGUUCUGACUCAGCCAUCACACCUGUUUCUCAAAGAAAAAAUGAAGAUAUUUAUGAAAGGCUUCACGACCAGGACGUUGAAGCUGAAUCGUGCGGAAGUAUAACUCCAUACGAAUCGAUAGAGGAUUUAUAUGACUGCAUCAAAAAUGCUCAGUAUAGUAGUGCCGCGGCUGAGGAGUCCUCGCCGUCCACCGAGAGCCAGUCAGAGCCUCAGUAUCCGGACUAUUAUGAGAAGUCGAGCACGACCCGUCAGAGUUCCGCAAGCAGCGAAAAAAGCGGAGCCUCAUCCGCGUUUCCGUUUUCGAAAUGCGGAUCGAGCGAUUCCACAGACGCGUUUACGUCGUGCGAGUCGACUAGCGGGAUAAGUACAUUUGCAACGAAGAGCAUCCCCGAGUCGCUCAAGUGCCGGGAACUACCUCCUCCGCCGGCGGAAGGAGACUCGAGUGAGAGCGCCAUCCUCUUGAAACAGUUGUUCACUGGUGAACUAAUGGACGCGUAUGGAGAGUACCUGUCGGCGUAUCCCUACGCCCGAGCGCUGCUACGCCGCAAGAUACGACGGGACGAGCACUUCGCGGCCCUCGCCGACAUACGACGAGGCGCUGCCAAGUAUACCAUUAGCGAAUACCUCGAAUUACCGAUCGAACGGCUUGCGCAAUACGAGCGGCUGGUGGGCGGCGGCUGCGCCCGGCGGCGCGCGGCGCGGCUCUCCGACCUGGAGCGCGUGCAGGACCUGUUCCCGCACGACUACCUCGCGCUGCACGACGCUGACGCGCCCGCCGCACUCGCCUCACAUCAUGCACAGAAACAAAAAAGCCUACGCAAGCGGCCGAGCUUGGACAUCGGCGGGACGAUCAGCGCCAGCAGCAGCUCGCUGUCUCCCCGAACCUUCAUCAUGGAGGCGCCCGUCCAGCUCAGCCCGCUCGGCACCACCUCCCCACCGCUCGACAGGCACCUGUUCCUCUUCAGCGACCUCCUACUCGUUGGCAAGUCGCGAGGAACCAACUGCUUCAAGUUAAAGGAGAGCGUCAGGCUCGCUGAAGUCUGGAUCUCCUUGUCUGAAGGUGAUGAUACCGGCUUCCUGAUCGGAUGGCCGACUAUCACCGGUGUUGCCAAUUACCUCGCCAUAUACCCCACUCAGGCAGCUAGAGACACUUGGUAUAGGAAAAUCCAAAAUGCUUUAAGUGCUCAACUCGCCACAGAACCAAAGUCUACGAAUAUUCAGAUAUUUUAUAAAGAUGCAACAAGUUCAAUAGAAUUCUGUAAGACAGUAUCUGUGAGCCCUGAGAUGAGCGCUCGCUGCGUGGUGCGGCAGGCGUUGCACGUGCUGCAGACAGGCGGCGCAGAGGGCGAGGGUGACGCCGAGCACGACGACCACGAGGUGGAGGGCCGCUGGGGCGCGGCCAGUGAGUUCACGCUGUGCGUCCGCACUGGAAGAGAUGCCCCGCCUACUCCGCUCAAGGGGAUCGAGAGACCUCAUGCUGUACAGAUGUCGCGAAUAAGACAAACUUUGUCAAACGAAGAUGGCUUCGAUUUAGAGCAUGUUAACGCGAAGAACAAUCCGUGCGGACUGGUCUUUGAAUUGAGAAAGAAGAAUCAAGGAAUAAAAAACGGCAACUCGAGUGGCGGUCGCGGUUUGCGGCUGCUCCGCCGCGGCGGGCGCCUGUUCGGCGUGGCGCUGACGCGGCUGUGCGGCGGCGCGCCCCCGCCCGCGCUGUUGCUGGCGCUGCGCCGUCUGCGGGCCCUCGCGCCCCUCACACACGGCGUCUUCAGAAGGAGCGCCAAUGCUAAGGCCUUGAGACUUCUAAGGGAUAAGUUGGACACUCUUGGUCCUUGGGCGGAAGGCUGUCCAGAACUGGAGCGGGCUCCCGUGCUGCUUCUCGCCGCACUGGUCAAGGAGUUCUUCCGCGCUUUGCCGCAGCCACUGCUCGCGACAGAACUAUACCCGGCCUGGCUGCAUGUCUUAACGUUAUCACAAAGCGAGAAGGUGACAGCCGUGCGAUCACUACUUCUGAAGUUGCCGAAGGCUCACUACACCAUGCUGACCUACUUCAUCUGUCUCCUGCAAGCCAUCGCUAAGAAGUCCAACAUAAACCUCAUGUGUCCCAUGAACCUCGGCGUGUGCGUCGGCCCCAGCCUGCUCUGGCCGAACACUCCCUGUGACAAAGCUCCCAAAGCAGUGCCAAUGAUCGUAGAACUACUCAUUGUUAAAGCUGACGUAUUAUUUGGGCCGCAAAUCUCAGGUCUUCUGGGAAAUGGCACCCCUGAAACAUCGAACGCAUUACUGGAUUCAGGCGCAGAAGAAAGCGAUAGCCUACACUCUGUUGGAAUAUCGUUAGAUUCCAUGGAACUGUCGACACCUCGCAAAGAAAAACUAUCCCUUAGCCGUGAUUCAGGGUUGACACUUUCAGAAGAUGACUCAAAUAGCAACGGAGGAAACAGUCCAGCUCCCCGAAACAUCCUACACAGUUUGUCAGCGCCCACCUGCAACAUGCAACAGGAAUCGAAGUUGGUGGUUCGGUACAACAUUGACAACCACAACGUGUCAGGUUUACCUCAAGUUAAUCAGAGGCCGAAUAUAUAUUCAAACAAAGCAGAACUCUAUAGUACAGUCAAUGAUGAGCUUUACACGACGCCAUAUAUGGGAGAAAGAUACGUACAUAAUUCCAUAAAUAUUGGAAUCUCAAAUGGUAUUGACGAAAGGAAUUAUGUAUCUAAAACCGCAUUACAGCGUUCAACAGCCGACAUAUACGAUCAAAGUCCCGCAAAGUAUAUAACAGGGUUGGAGCCACAAAAACCACCGAGAAGUAACGUUUCCAAGGCAGCCCGUACAUCAAAAGUGUACAGUAUGUUUGCGGAGACACAAGAAACUGAUAAAAAUGUCUCCAAUAAAAACUUCAGCAGAGCAAAAAGUUCGGACAACCUUUUAGAAUCGAAACAGGAAAAUAUUGAUAAUAAACGCGACCUGGUUUCUAGUCAAGAAAACAUCGUGUAUAGCAACAUACACGAUCUAGCCAUGUUCACAGAAAAUAUUCAACGACAAAAUCAAUAUCAAACGCAUGCAGAAGUUUCGAACUCCAACUAUUCCCGAGUGUACACGGGAUGGGAGAAGAAGAGUGCUAACUACAACAGCAAAUCUAAUAAUUGUAACGCCGAAAAUAUCUACGGUCAGAUGGCGAAGAAACAGGGUGAGACCUCGCAAUCCAGAGCGGAUGGGAACGUAACACCGGCAGCCACCAUUUUUACACGAAAUGACUGGACUCGUCAAGCUGCGAGGACUAAGAGCUUAGAAGUUAGUGAAGAAGUACAUGCAAACAAUGAGAAAAUGCGCAAUGGAAAUUACGAAAUCAAUGUUACAAAUUGCUGUCGGAAGAGACGGUUCGACCCCGCACACAUGUGCACCAAGAGCUGCACUGUGCCAACAGCGGCGACCAGAGAACAUGAAAACCACAAAAUGAAUCCUCUACAAAACUCAUAUUCGUACGUCGAAAACAUCCACAAUAAUAAUAACUCUGAGGAAAAUAAAAAGUCAAGGCUACGUAAUUACAAUACCAACAAAUUAAAUCAAUCCAAGUCGCUGGCGAACAUUAUUCUGCACAGCGACUCGAGUAGCAGCGACACGUUAUACCAGCCGCAAAACUCGUUCAACAGUCGUUCCACUGAGUCACCGGCCAGUGAGAAUUCAUUUGAGAACUGCUACACCACCCAAUACAUCGACCCCCUCUACACGUCGGUGUACAACCGUCGCAGGGACAUAUUCCACGACAUGAAGUCGUCGAACAUGUUCCCUUCCGACAUUUAUAAAGCGACGCCCACGGCCGUCAAACCUGAGUACAAUAACUCAGAAAAUGAACAGAAUAAUAAUAAGAAACCACCUCACAUGCCGCCACCGGUACCUCCAAGGAAAAUGGUGUAUCAGAGAGUGCUAAAGAAGUUCCAGCCGGUGCACGUGAACAAGGACGAGAAGAACUUACGAUCCAAGUCUGUGCCGCGACUAUACAGAGAGCCGUCCAACGGUGCUGACAAGAAGGGACAGAACAUCAUAGCUUUAGACGGCUCAGAGUCAGAUACCGAGUCGGAAUCAUACGUAUAGGACGCUGUGGAAGCACAAACUAAUGACUUACAUGUAAAUGGAGAUUUAUUUAAAUUAUUAAUAAUGCAUACUAUGUGUCAAAGUAAUAAUGAUCUGUGUUGAACAAAAACUGUUAUUGACUUAGAAUUAAUUAAUCUCGAUAUUAGACACUCUAAUGUUUUAAACCAGUUUGUAUACUACUUACUACGUUUUAAGACACUAUGAUUACAUAGUGAUAAUAUAAGGAAUAUCUUUUGAAUCCCGCCUUAAAAAUUAUAAUAUGUGACCAUAACCAGAAUUGUUUUGGUGAUGUAAUUCCAAAGACGUAAGAAUAGUUUCAAACUUAAUGGUAUUAUGUAGAUGGAUGUAUCAAUGGGAUAAUCUAACUUUUAUAUAUGUUGUCCUCGCGAAUGAAAUAAAAGAGGACUUAUUGAUGCCAAUCAGCUAUUGAAUUUUAAUUAACGUUAGAUAUUUGUCGUAGUGUACCUAAUACUAAAACAUAGCGCUGGUUGUUUUUUGAAUAUUUUAUCUUUAAAUAAAAAAAUUGCAUGUCAGAUUCAGAAAAUAUAUUGGAGUAAAUUUUUUUAUUAAUCUCGAGAAUUUUAUUGAUUUUGUAAUGAAAUGUAUCAUGAAUAGGACCUUUUGAAUUGUACUUGGAUUUAAUUGUUACUUUUACGAUGUAAUAACGUUUAUAAUCUCUCUAUCGUACGUGACUAGCGCUGUUAAACUAUGACUUUUUGUGUCAUCUUGUAUCUGGAGAUAUUAAAGUAUAUUUGAUAAUGUAAUUAAUGAAAGCCUGCCUGUGUAUAUAAUGUAAAUUGUACGUACAUUUAUAAUAAAAAUAUAUUAAAUGGUUUUAAUUAUGAAA